AUGUCGUCCUCAAGCAAGCGGCAGUCAAUUGCCCCUUCCAGCGGCCCCAAGCCUCCAGUCAACUUCUCGUCUUCGCUCACGAUUCCAAAGGAUGCAUCGCUCACUGGUCACCACUCGAUUACGAUUCAAGCCGAGACUGUUAUCCAUCCCCGUGCCCGUAUCGACUCAACACAAGGUAGCGUCUUGAUUGGGCGUCGAUGCGUUAUUCAGGAGCGUGCACAACUUGGCGCACAACCGGGCGACCGCUCAUCUCUCUCGUCUACGGGAGGAAUCACCCUCGGUGAUUAUGUUAUAGUGGAGGCCGGUGCAACUGUAGAGCCUGGAGGCACGGAGAUAUCUGAGGGCACGUUUAUCCAAGUCGGAAGUACGAUUGGACGUGGUGCUAAAGUUGGCAAGAACUGUACGAUUUCUCCCAAGUCUGUCGUCCGUCCCGGGGAAGUUUUGCCAGACAACACUGUCGUGUUUUCCAACGGACAACGCCGCACCGACCGACGACGCGUCAUCGACGUGAGAAAAGUCGCCCUACUCAAGCAAAUUAAUGUUACGAGGAAGAUGAUACGGAGCGAGCCGGAUAGAUUCCGAUGA